GUGUCACACAGUACAUGAUGCCUCUUGGAGCUGCAUCACUUUUUCCAGAGCAGCAGAGAUUACGCUGGAAGGAUUACAGCCUCCAUGCAGGCUCAGGUAAUCCAAUCACUGGGAACCUUCCAGCCCUCCACUUCACUUCCUGCACGCCAACACAACUCAGCCCAGCACCAUGACGCCUGGCAGGGAAGGCAGCUGACACCAUGCCCUUCAUUGUCAGAGCAAGACCCCUCAGGGGGGCCCAAUAUGACGGCAACAAAAGACGUACUUCCUGUGCCGACCCCUCGGCUCUGUGGUCCCAAGGUCACGUGCAGCAGCUGGGCCCAGCCGGGACCGCUCACGCCCCCGCCAGCGCCGGCAAGCCUGUGGGCUCGUCCUGCGGCUCCGUCCCCAGCACCGGCGUCAGCCCCGUCCUGGCCUGGCACGCCGCCAUAAACGCCGCCCGCCAGGCCAAGGGCGAUGCCACCAAGCCUGACAUGAGUCCGCAAGUCUCGGCGUGCACAGGCUCGCUGGCGCACAGGAAGCGUCAACAAUACGCCAAGAGCAAGAAGCAGGGCGGCUCCACCACCAGUCGACCACCCAGAGCCUUGUUCUGUCUCAGCCUGGACAACCCUCUACGCAGGGCUUGCAUCAGCCUGGUGGAGUGGAAACCUUUUGAUGUCUUCAUACUUCUGUGCAUCUUUGCCAACUGUGUGGCCUUAGCUGUCUACAUGCCCUUUCCUGCUGAUGACUCUAACUACACCAACCUGCACCUGGAAACAGUGGAAUAUGCCUUCCUCAUAAUUUUCACCAUGGAGGCGUUUAUGAAGAUUGUUGCUUAUGGUCUGGUCAUGCACCAGAAUGCCUACGUGAGGAAUGGCUGGAACAUGUUGGACUUUGUCAUCGUCAUUGUGGGUUUGUUCAGUGUGGUCCUGGAGAUGAUAACCAAAGACGGUGAGUCAAGCGGCCAAUCAGGAGGCAAACCUGGGGGGUUUGAUGUCAAGGCCCUCCGAGCCUUCCGUGUCCUCCGCCCCCUUCGCCUUGUCUCAGGAGUUCCCAGUCUCCAGGUGGUGUUGAACUCCAUCAUCAAAGCCAUGGUUCCUCUGCUGCACAUCGCUCUGCUCGUCCUCUUCGUCAUCAUCAUCUACGCCAUCAUUGGUCUGGAACUCUUCAUCGGCAAAAUGCAUGCCAGCUGUUAUACCAUCAAGACAGGUGUGCUGGCAGAAGAAGAGCCGAGGCCGUGCGCCGUGUCAGGAAAUGGCCGCCAUUGUGUGCUAAACACCAGCGUGUGCAGAGAAGGCUGGCAAGGUCCCAACAACGGCAUCACCAACUUUGACAACUUCCUGUUUGCCAUGCUCACCGUCUUCCAGUGCAUCACCAUGGAGGGAUGGACCGACGUGCUCUACUGGAUGAACGAUGCGAUGGGCUUUGAGCUGCCGUGGGUCUACUUCGUCAGUCUAGUCAUCUUUGGAUCCUUCUUUGUUCUGAACUUGGUCCUGGGAGUCCUCAGUGGAGAGUUCUCCAAAGAGCGGGAGAAGGCCAAGGCGCGAGGUGACUUCCAGAAGCUCCGUGAGAAGCAGCAGCUCGAAGAAGACCUUAAAGGUUACCUGGACUGGAUCACGCAGGCAGAGGACAUCGACCCCGACAACGAGGACGAGGGAGACGAGGAAGGCAAGCGCAAAAUGAGUGUUCCCAGCAGUGAGACAGAAUCCAUCACCACAGAUCAUCGCAGUGACAAAGACAAAAAGUGGCUGUGCUGUGCUCCUUUCUGUCGCCAGGGGCGCCGCUGGAACCGCCUGUGGCGCAGAAAGUGUCGAGUGGCUGUGAAGUCUGUGAUCUUCUACUGGAUGGUCAUCGUCUUGGUCUUCCUCAACACGCUCACCAUCGCCUCCGAGCACCACCAGCAAGCCCAAUGGCUCACUCGCCUUCAAGACAGUGCCAACAAAGUCCUGCUGGCCAUGUUCACGCUGGAGAUGCUGGUAAAGAUGUACAGUUUGGGGCUGCAGGCCUACUUGGUGUCUCUGUUCAACCGCUUCGACUGCUUCGUGGUGUGCGGCGGCCUGGUGGAGACCAUCCUGGUGGAGCUGGCCAUCAUGUCUCCGCUCGGCAUCUCCGUCUUCCGCUGCGUCCGCCUCCUGAGGAUCUUCAAGGUCACGCGCCACUGGGCGUCUCUGAGCAACCUGGUGGCCUCGCUGCUCAACUCUAUGAAGUCCAUCGCCUCCUUGCUGCUGCUCCUCUUCCUCUUCAUCAUCAUCUUCUCCCUGCUGGGCAUGCAGCUCUUUGGUGGAAAAUUCAACUUUGACCAGACCGUCACCAAACGCAGCACCUUCGACAACUUCCCCCAGGCUCUCCUCACCGUCUUCCAGAUCCUGACGGGAGAGGACUGGAACAUGGUCAUGUAUGACGGCAUCAUGGCCUACGGUGGUCCCGCCUCCUCGGGAAUGGUGGUCUGCAUUUACUUCAUCAUCCUCUUUGUCUGCGGCAACUACAUCCUGCUCAACGUCUUCUUGGCCAUCGCCGUGGACAACCUGGCCGACGCCCAGAGCCUCAACACGGCCCAGGAGGAGGAGGAGGAGGCCAGGAAGAGGAGGAAGAAGGAGUUCAUCAUGCUGCACACAGUGGAAGCAACACAAGACAUGAAGGUGUCAGUGGAGGAGGACAAAGAAGUUGGUUCUGCCUUCAAGUCUUCAGUCGAGCUCCCACAAGUCCCAGUGGGGCCACUCCCUAAAAGGCUGUCUGAGCUCGCCAUCAAGGAGAAGACUCCGCCCAUCCCAGACGGCAGCGCCUUCUUCAUCUUCAGCAGCACCAACCCGUUGCGAGUGAGAUGUCACCAGCUGAUCAACCACCAGAUCUUCACCAACCUCAUCUUGGUCUUCAUCAUGCUGAGUUCUGUUUCUCUGGCUGCUGAGGACCCGAUACGUACUUUCUCUGCUCGUAAUACUGUCCUGGGUUAUUUGGACUAUGCCUUCACCGCCAUCUUUACUGUGGAGAUCGUCUUGAAGAUGACAGCAUUUGGAGCGUUCUUUCAUGAAGGAGCUUUCUGUCGCAACUACUUCAACCUGCUGGACCUCCUGGUGGUGGGCGUGUCCCUCAUCUCCUUUGGCAUCCAGUCUUCUGCCAUCUCUGUGGUGAAGAUCCUGCGAAUACUGAGAGUCCUGCGUCCCCUGAGGGCCAUCAAUCGAGCCAAAGGACUGAAGCAUGUAGUCCAGUGCGUGUUUGUGGCCAUCAGGACAAUUGGUAACAUCAUGAUCGUCACCACGCUGCUGCAGUUCAUGUUUGCCUGUAUUGGAGUGCAGCUUUUCAAGGGCAAGUUUUAUCGUUGCACUGAUGAUGCCAAGUCCAGUCCUGACGAGUGCAAAGGAACCUACAUCCUGUACAACCAUGGCGACACGGCACUUCCUGUCAUCAAGGAGAGGGUGUGGCACAACAGCGACUUUAACUUUGACAACGUCCUGAUGGCCAUGAUGGCGCUCUUCACCGUGUCCACUUUCGAAGGAUGGCCCACUCUCUUGUACAAGGCCAUGGACUCCAGCAAGGAGAACUUGGGUCCUAUCUACAACAACCGUGUGGAGAUCUCCAUCUUCUUCAUCAUCUACAUCAUCAUCAUCGCCUUCUUCAUGAUGAACAUCUUCGUGGGCUUCGUCAUUGUCACCUUCCAGGACCAGGGAGAGAAGGAGUACAAGAACUGUGAGCUGGACAAGAACCAGAGACAGUGUGUGGAGUACGCCCUGAAGGCCCGGCCAGUGCGGCGCUACAUCCCCAAGAAGAAGUACCAGUACAAGUUCUGGAAGGUUGUCAACUCCAGCGCCUUCGAGUACCUCAUGUUUGUCCUCAUCGUCCUCAACACACUCUGUCUGGCUAUACAGCACCACGGCCAGUCCCAGCUGUUCCAUCAAAACAUGGACAUCCUGAACAUGAUCUUCACUGGACUCUUCACUGUGGAGAUGUUCCUCAAACUCAUCGCCUUCAAGCCCAGGAACUAUUUUGCUGAUGCAUGGAACACAUUUGAUGCCUUGAUUGUUGUCGGGAGCCUGGUGGAUAUUGCCAUCACUGAAAUCAACAACACGGAGGACAGCGCUCGCAUCUCCAUUACCUUCUUCCGUCUCUUUCGAGUCAUGCGACUUGUCAAGUUGUUGAGCAGGGGGGACGGCAUCAGGACCCUGCUGUGGACCUUCGUCAAGUCUUUUCAGGCUCUACCUUACGUCGCACUUCUGAUCGCCAUGUUGUUCUUCAUCUACGCCGUCAUCGGAAUGCAGGUGUUUGGUAAAAUAGCCAUGGUGGACGGCACGCAUAUCAACCGCAACAACAACUUCCAAACCUUCCCUCAGGCGGUCCUCAUGCUCUUCAGAUGUGCCACGGGCGAAGCCUGGCAGGAGAUCAUGCUGGCCUGUCUGCCAGGGAAGCUCUGCGACUCCGAGUCGGACUACAACCCUGGCGAGGAAAGAACCUGCGGUAGCGGCUUCGCCAUUAUCUACUUCAUCACCUUCUACAUGCUGUGUGCCUUCCUGAUCAUCAACCUGUUUGUCGCCGUCAUCAUGGACAACUUUGACUAUCUCACACGGGAUUGGUCCAUACUUGGACCGCAUCACCUGGAUGAGUUCAAAAGGAUCUGGUCUGAAUAUGACCCAGAAGCAAAGGGCAGAAUCAAACAUCUGGACCUGGUGACUCUGCUGAGAAGGAUCCAACCUCCUCUGGGCUUUGGAAAACUGUGUCCCCACAGGGUGGCCUGCAAGCGCCUGGUGGCCAUGAACAUGCCUCUGAAGAGUGACGGCACGGUCAUGUAUAACGCCACCUUGUUGGCGCUGGUACGCACGGCCCUCAGGAUCAAGACGGAAGGUAACCUGGAACAAGCCAAUGAGGAGCUGAGAGCAGUCAUCAAGAAGAUCUGGAAGAGGACCAGCAUGAAGCUGCUGGACCAAGUGGUGCCACCCGCAGGUGAUGACGAGGUGACAGUGGGGAAGUUCUAUGCCACCUUCCUGAUCCAGGAUUACUUCAGGAAGUUCAAGAGGCGCAAAGAGAAAGGUCCGGUGGGCAAACGCUUCCUGGAAAGGAUCAACACAACUAUGGCUCUGCAGGCUGGCCUGCGUACGCUGCAUGACAUCGGACCUGAGAUUCGUCGAGCCAUAUCAUGUGACUUGCAGGAGACGUGGCUUGUAGACCUGAUGGAAGAGGAAGAGGAGGGAAGUUUUAGGCAAAACGGUGCCAUGUUUGGUAACCACGCCAACUACGUCAGUGCCACCACACCAGGCUCCGCCCACUUGACCACAGUCACCCAGCGUCCUCUUCAGAUCCACCCCUUUUCCUCCCAUCAUUCAACAACAGGCCCCGCCCACACGGGCCUGGGGGACGGCACCAGAAGUGGGGAAACAAAGACCAACUGGUCUAAUCUUCCUGAUCAUCCUCAUCAUCAUUCGCCAGAUGACUCUUCGUCACCCGUGCUCUCCAACGCUAACUUCAACAACGCCAACUUCAACAACACCAACGUGCCUCUCUGGCAGCACAGGACGCCCUCACCCAUGUCCACACCCUGGAAGUCACUCUCCGUCAGGCUAUCCAAUAAAGACGAAGACGAGCUGUCCAGCAUGACGCAGCAGUCUGAUGGUUACCAUGACAACCAGCAGCUUAUACACCAAGAGAGCAGAGGAAGAUGGUUUCUAUCUUCACCCCAAGCUGUCAACAGACCAGCGUUUAGUUUCGAGGGCCUUUGCCGACGAAGUAGCGAGGAUGAAGAAGCUCCGCCCACUCCUUCCUGCACAGCACUUCCACUGCAGCUGCUGCAGCAACAGGUGAUGGCGGUGGCCGGACUUCAACGUUUGUCCCCCACAUGCUCCACCCUCUCCUGGGCCACGCCCCCUGCCUCGCCGCUGGCCUGCCACUCUUCGCCCUGCUACACGCCGCUCAUAGAGGUGGACUCCAGAAAUUCUAACAGUGUUGGCAACAUGCCAGCAUCAAUAACGAAGAGCUUGUGGCACACAGAAGUACAUGAAGAUGAAGUACAUGAAGUACAUGAAGUACAUGACAGCGUUGACAGUCACUCUCCUUGUCAACUUCCACUUCCUGCUGAGAAGUGCUUAAACUUCCUGCAGAAGCAGCAAGGCAGCGCCAACAGUCUGGUGGAGGCGGCCUUGAUCUACGAGGGUCUGGCAACUUUGGCCAAGGACCCUAAGUUCGUGUCGGCCACCAAGCAGGAGAUCGCCGACGCCUGCGACAUGACCAUCCACCAGAUGGAGAGCGCCGCCAGCCACCUGCUCAACGCCAACAUGGCCGCCGACGCCAACAUGGCCGCCGACGGCUCGGGGGUUGCCGCCUGGGACCUCGCCGUGAUCCAGGUGCAGGACUACAGCGACGAGGAGGCUUGGUGCGCCAACGCCGAGCAAGAGGAGGACCUCUCGGACGAGAUGAGCUGCGUCACGUUGCCAUAGCAACCACACCACGGCUUAUUGAUGGAUGUAUUGACAGAAGAGAAUGUCACGUUGCUAUAGCAACCACACUAUAGAUUAUUGAUGACAGAAGAGAACGAUGUCACGUUGCUAUAGCAACCACACUAUAGAUUAUUGAUGACAGAGGAGAAUGUCACGUUGCUAUAGCAACCACACUACAGAUUAUUGAUGACAGACGAGAAUGUCACGUUGCUAUAGCAACCACACUAUAGAUUAUUGAUGACAGAAGAGAACAUUGUCACAUUGCUAUAGCAACCACACUAUAGAUUAUUGAUGACAGAAGAGAACAAUGUCACGUUGCUAUAGCAACCACACUACAGAUUAUUGAUGACAGACGAGAAUGUCACGUUGCUACAGCAACCACACUAUAGAUUAUUGAUGACAGAAGAGAACAUUGUCACGUUGCUAUAGCAACCACACUAUAGAUUAUUGAUGACAGAAGAGAACAAUGUCACGUUGCUAUAGCAACCACAGUAUAGAUUAUUGAUGACAGAGGAGAAUGUCACGUUGCUAUAGCAACCACACUAUAGAUUAUUGAUGACAGAAGAGAACAAUGUCACGUUGCUAUAGCAACCACACUUUAAAUUAUUGAUGACAGAAGAGAAUGAUGUCACGUUGCUAUAGCAACCAAACUACAAAUUAUUGAUGACAGAAGAGAACGAUGUCACGUUGCUAUAGCAACCAUACUAUAGAUUAUUGAUGACAGAAGAGAACAAUGUCACAUUGCUAUAGGAACCACAAUAGAUUAUUGAUGACAGAGAAUGUCACGUUGCUGUAGCAACCACUUUAUAGAUUAUUGAUGACAGAAGAGAAUGUCACGUUGCUAUAGGAACCACACUAUAGAUUAUUGAUGACAGAGGAGAAUGUCACGUUGCUAUAGCAACCACACUACAGAUUAUUGAUGACAGAAGAGAACAAUGUCAAGUUGCUAUAGCAACCACACUAUGGAUUGAUGACAGAAGAGAACAAUGUCACGUUGCUUUAGGAACCACACUAUAGAUUAUUGAUGACAGAGAAUGUCACGUUGCUAUAGCAACCACUUUAUAGAUUAUUGAUGACAGAAGAGAAUGUCACGUUGCUAUAGGAACCACACUAUAGAUUAUUGAUGACAGAGGAGAAUGUCACGUUGCUAUAGCAACCACACUACAGAUUAUUGAUGACAGAAGAGAACAAUGUCAAGUUGCUAUAGCAACCACACUAUGGAUUGAUGACAGAAGAGAACAAUGUCAAGUUGCUAUAGCAACCACACUAUGGAUUGAUGACAGAAGAGAACAAUGUCACAUUGCUAUAGGAACCACACUAUAGAUUAUUGAUGACAGAGGAGAAUGUCACGUUGCUAUAGCAACCAUACUAUAAUUAUUGAUGACAGAAGAGAACAAUGUCACUUUGCUAUAGGAACCACAAUAGAUUAUUGAUGACAGAGAAUGUCACGUUGCUAUAGCAACCACACUAUAGAUUAUUGAUGACAGAAGAGAAUGUCACGUUGCUAUAGGAACCACACUAUAGAUUAUUGAUGACAGAGGAGAAUGUCACGUUGCUAUAGCAACCACACUACAGAUUAUUGACAGAAGAGAACAAUGUCAAGUUGCUAUAGCAACCACACUAUGGAUUAUUGAUGACAGAAGAGAACAAUGUCACGUUGCUAUAGCAACCACACUAUAUAUUAUUGAUGACAGAAGAGAACAAUGUCACGUUGCUAUAGCAACCACACUAUAGAUUAUUGAUGACAGAGGAGAGUGUCACGUUGCUAUAGCAACCACACUAUAGAUUAUUGAUGACAGAAGAAAACAAUGUCACGUUGCUAUAGCAACCACACUAUAAACUAUUGAUGACAGAAGACAACAAAGUGCCUUGUUUUGACUUCAUACAUGAAAACUGAGAAAACAAGCACACUCACCAGGUGUCAUUGUUCUUGAAGCUCCUCCCCCAGGUGGUCACAUGACCAUGGUGUGCAAUGAACCCUGCUGGAAAUGGUCUGUUCCAGGGUCAAAGGGCAAAUCAGUUGGUCAUACGCGCGUAGAAAGAAGUUGAGUAUCCUCUUCUAUGGUUAUCAUCAUACUCUGUGCGAGUGUAAAAGGACGGUACAUUUGGCUAUAGUCCUCUUCUAUGACUAUCAUCACAAUUCUGCUCCCUUUCUGUGGUGACUAAAGAAAAAGCACUUGCAAUACAGUUCUAUGGUUAUCAUCAUGCGUCUCUCACAUUCUUUACGCUGGUACAAGUGUAAAAAGAAGCUAAGCUGGAUGUUGUGUCGAAAGGCUGUAAAUAUACGUAUUAUAUAUACUGUAUAUAUA